UGUUUCGUUGUCAUCUAUUUUUGUAAAUUUUUAUUUUUGUGAAAGUUUAACAUGUUAAACUUAAACAAAGCAACUGAAGUAUCAAAGUAGGCCAUAUUUUCUAUAAAUCCGUAGCAAAAUGAGCUUGAUAAUGGAAGAUUUUCAACCGUCUGUUAACACUUUAGAAGAAGUUAAGAAACUUCAAGAUUUAGUACGAAAGUUAGAGAUUCAAAAUCUGCAUUUGAGAAAUAAACAAAACGUUUCCAGGAAAAGGUCAGCUUCGCCUGUUAAAGAAGGAAAAAAGUCGCAACGAUCUCCCACUCGACAAAUGAAAAAUGCAGAUGAAAAGGUGAAUGUUGACACUAAUAAUUUUGAAAAUACACGCCGUCCUUCACGAGAUGAAUAUUUUGAUGAUUUGGAAAUAAUUAGAGUCAGUGAUAUUGAGAUGUCUGAUGAUGAAUCAUGGCUGUAUACAUCUCCGAAAAGCCAGUCAGAUAACGAAAAAUGUGAAAGUCCCUAUGAAUGGCUGAGGAAAGAUGUUGAUGAUCCUGAAAAUAAGCAAUUACAGCUUGCAAAAAAGGCCUUGUUGACAAAGUUAAAUGAACUUGAAAUAUUGUCACCUACUAUUCAAAUAACAGCUCAUGCUCAAAAUCCAACAGUUAGCUCUUUGCGAAAGACACAUGUGAUGUACAAGACCCCUCUUUCUGCUCAAAAUUAUGAUGCUGUUCACAUUGAUACAAGAACCUUUACAAGGUCUAAAAAGAAACAAGCUCUUGAGUUUUUGGAAAAGCUAAAUAAUGUGAGUAAUGAACAGAAUAGUAAUCACUCAGAACUACGAAGGAGAAGUAGUGACCUAAGUUCUGAUUCCAUCUCCAGCCAUGCACUUGAAGAUGCAAAUGAUGUCCAUGAAGUGGCGCGAAUGCAAGAGGAAAGUCUGAGAAUGAACUCCCCAUUGGGUACUCCUAAACGUGGAUCAUGCAACAAUACUUUAGAGAGAAAAUCUUCUGUCUCCCACGAGUCUACAUCUGAUCAAGAUUAUUCAGAAAAUUCCGUUUUCAGUGCUCAGAGUUUUGAUGGUCAUGAAUCGGAACCUGUCGAAGACUCUUCCUUUGAAGUGGAAGUAUUGCAUCAUUCUGAUCAGUCAUCUCCUUCCGAAAGCCCUUAUGGUUCAAAUAGUUCACUACAUAGCACAGGAAAAGGGAAAGUCAAACUUGGUGGAUACAGACGCAGUCUGCCUAACUUGGCUCGAGAACCAGUCUUACAGAUUCCGUCAAAAACUAAAAUUGUGAAGCAACCUAGAGUUCAAAGAACAAAUCAAAUUAGAGAAGAUAUGAUUGGAAGAUCAGAUAUAAACAUUGCCUCACGGCAAAAGGCUGGAGGAGAUACAGUGUCAAUUUCAAAGGUCAAGCAUUCCUCCAAGUCAUUGACUGCAGGUUUUCAACAGAAUUCCAAACCUGUGACCUCAGUGCCUAAAAGUGCAAAUUUUGCAGAAUCAAGACUGCAUGUCAGAUCUGGAGUACCAAAACCCUCAAGGGCUAGUUCUGCUACUCGAUCUACUCCAAGGUCUGGAAUUCCAAUGCCUUCCAUGCUUAAUAAAAAGCAUGUAGAAGAUUCAUGGAGUGAUGGCUGUUUUUAAGAUUAACAAAUUGUUUACGAUAUUUGAUGUUUCUCAUAUAUGAUUUUGUUUUAACCAUUCCUUUAUUAAUAUAAUGGAACCGAGCUUCUUCAAUUAAAAAGUUUCAUCAUUCCA